GAAAUGACUGUUCAAUACGUCCCAAGAGCUUGUCCGACUCGGUCCAACGGAAGCAUCCCUUCGCGGUUGAUACACACAAAUAGCCCAUUAGAGUAGGGAACAAACAGUUUUCGUAAUAUGAGAAACAAGAAGUCAGUGACGUUACGGAAAGCUGGUUAGAUCUCUGUCCAAGUGGGUAGCGAAUGUUCAUUUCAUCCAGAACAAAGGUGUUCAGAUAUCACUUGAGUGAAAAUCCAGGUGAAGUGAUUGUGUGCGGCAGCCAUAGGUCGCUAUGCUUUCGGAAAUGGUGCUAUUCUAAUUCAUCUCUAAGUGUGAUUCUUAUACUAAAAAUAUAUACCUAGCUAGUUCAGUGUUGUUCCUGCUCUACGUGGAGAAGUGUCGUUUUUGAUACAUCUAUUCCUGUUUUGAAGUGUGAAGUUUUGGAACGCAUCCCCUUGUGAAAUUAGACACCAAUCUUUACGUAAGAAAAAUAAACAUCCAAGCAAAUCGUCACUGCUUUGGAAACGAAAAACCUUAAUUGAAUCAGUGAUAGUCAUUCUAACGCUGCACGGUGCAAAAUCAGUUGUGUGGAAAACUCGUCCGAUCGACAGCGUUAUUACAUAAAGGACAGAAGUAUAAAGCAUCACGUCCGUGGAGAAACGCGGCUAUUUAUGUGCAUCGAGUCAAUCACAGAUCAUCGAAACCUCAUUGAAUCAGUGUGUCCACAAGGAAAAAAAUGCGUUCUGGUUUCGCAAAAUAAGAAAAUAGCACGAAAUCCAUCAGACGACUAAGAAAAAUAGCUCAUUUGCCAGUAGCAACGCAGUGCUCAGACGAAGACAGCCAUAUAGAACACAACACAGUGAUUCACGACGUCAGCUGUCUGGCUCUCGUUGGUGGCGUGUGUAUGGCAUAUUGCGGCGGUCGGUACUAGCGCGAAGAUUAUUGACCUCAAAACGGCAACCAGUGCAUAUAUUAAAACACGGAAAAGCUCAGCAACACAUUGGUUAUCGGUGGGAACGAAACAGCCUUUCAAUUAGCAUCAACAAUAUCAGCUAUCAGUUUAUCAUAACACAGCAGUAGCAGCAAUGCGAAUUGAUUCACAAUUGAUUUAAUCACUAUCGAUCCAAAUACCGAUAAACUCCACAUGUGUCUCAGCAGAGGCGACAUUGGCUAGAAAGUCGGUGUUCUCAAACUACUUCUAGACGAAGUUUAACAAACUUGUUGACAUCGAAAGUAAAGCACGCGUACACUUAUGAUUGGCUGCGUGAUACCGACUCGGAGACGGACUUCGGACGUGGACGGCGACGCGGACGACGGGUGGUUUUGGCCAUCACCGGUGCCAGCGAAGGCGGUGGCCCGAAAUUGAUUCUAUGAAUAACGGACAACAACAGUCCUCCAUCACUUUCGACGGUUGAUUGACAACGAGGCGACCUGCACAAACAGUCCCUUCAACCGCAUCCACAAUGGGUGAAGAAAGCAUCGAGUGUAACGAGGGCAAACUGAUUACCAAGAACGGUGGAUACAGCCCGGUCAAGCAGUUGGAGAACGGUGAUUUAGCCAGAAAUGAUAGCCAGAAAAAGAUAGUUCAAUUCGACAAGGCGACGAAUGAAAGCAAACAUGUGCCAUCUUCAAACAAUCGGUCUCCUGAGCCGGAGAAAAGUGACGAAAAACACGUGGUAUCAAUGAACAAUGGAGUUACAUCCGCGGGCGGAAACCACUCCGAAUCCAAUAGUGAUGAGAAUCCUGAGGAUUAUGAAAUGGUUCCACCGGACGGUGGAUGGGGCUGGCUUGUGCUGGCUGGCUCGAUGUUAGUUAACAUACUCGUACCUGGCACCAUCAAGAGCUUUGGCGUGCUAUUUGUGGAAUUCCUGGAAGCAUUCCAAGCCUCACCCUCGACCGCGGCAUGGAUUCCGGCAUUGUGUUACUUUUUGUACAGCUCACUCGGUCCACUUUCCAGUAUACUGUCCGUCAAGUACAGCUACCGGACGGUGACUAUCAUUGGCGGAACGUUUGCCGCAGUUGGAAUGAUCAUCACUUAUUGGGCGACUUCAGUUAGUUUCCUGUAUAUAAGUUACGGGGUGCUGGUGGGGACAGGAGCUGGACUCUCAUUCCCCCCAACGGUUUAUAUUGUUACGUCGUACUUCGUGAAGCUGAGAGGAUUGGCGAACGGAUUGUGUAUUUCUGGCAGUGCUCUGGGAUCGAUAAUUCUUCCACCGUUGCUGAGGUAUCUGUUGGUAAACUUUGGAUAUCGUGGAGCAUGUUUAAUCAUGGGUGGAAUCACGUUGAAUGUUUGGGUAGCUGCUAUAUUCUACCAACCAGUGGAGAACCAUUUGAAACGAGUGAAGAAAGUCAAAGAUGUCGAGGAAGAUUUUGUGCUGAAUGAUACAAUUAUGGAAGAGUCAGAAACCAAUGAAGAUCUAGAAGGCGGUCUAAAUGAUGGAAAAUCUGUGAUGAAACCGAAGUUUAUGAUCACGGGCGACGAUACCCCGGUCGCAACACCAACUUUAGAGCACAAAUCUCCGGAUAUUUUCCGUUUCAAUCCCAAGCAUGGUCUCAUUGACAGUUUUACGAGAAGUGUAUCUGCUGCAGCUGUACCGGCAUCCUAUCAUAAAGAAGAUAGCAGCCAUAGGCAUCGAAAGAUCAGCACUCCUAUAAAAGAGGAACAUCGAAACCUCACAUUCACCACUACUUUAAACGAUUCACAGGGAUCUCAUUUCCGAUUGAAUAGACUAAACUCUAUGCGCAGUGGACAUAGACCUCCAAGAAGAUCUCCUUCAACCAGCAGUUUCCAAUACAUCAGUACACCGUAUCACGGCAGUACUUUGUCAGCUCUUCAGCCCAAAGAAUUUGCAUCUCAUCUAUCACUGAGGUCAAUCGCAGACAGUUUUAAAACGUCUUCCAAACAAGCAGGAGAAACAUCUGAAAAAGCUUCUAAGAAGUACUUCGAUCUUUCACUGCUCCGCGAUCCGUCGUACCUUGUUAUACUCAUAUCUAAUUCAACCAACGCCAUUGGGUACACCAAUUUUAUUAUCUUGCUACCGGCAUAUGCAAUCUCAUUAGGAUUCGAUAAGAGCCUCGCGGCCUAUCUUUUGUCAAUUGUAUCAACGUUAGACCUGGUAGGGCGUAUAGGAGGCUCCGCCCUAUCUGAUACCAAUCUUAUUCCAAAAACAUGGUAUUUCGUCGGUGGCCUUUCAAUUUCGGGGGUAGCAUUAGCCUCGCUUCCGUUAGCCAGCUCCUAUUCUAUGGUAAGCGCUUUCUGCGCGUUAUUCGGUCUGGCAUCUGGGACGUAUGUUGGUGUUACUGCAGUCAUCAUGGCUGAUAUGUUGGGGACCGAGCGGCUAACGUCGUCAUAUGGAAUCAGUUUAUUUGUAAACGGAAUUUUGCAACUCAUCGGACCACCAAUCUGUGGACUUAUUUUUGAGCACAUUGGCGACUACCGACCACUUUUUACUGCUCUUGGUCUUAUUUUAUUGGGAGGGUCUGCCCUUUGGGGUUUUAUGCCUUUGAUUCGGAGAAACAAACUUCGUAAACAACAAAAAGAUGCUGAAGUUCAACUCGAUGUAGAAAAAAAUCUUUUAGCUUAAUAUAUAUCAAAAUAAGUUCAAUCUGGGAAUCAAAAUCAGCUUUUUAAUCCUAUAAUAGUUAUAGUUAAAUGAUAUCGGUAAUCAAAUAAGGCAAAUCAAGAAAACUGGCAACAGACUAUCUCACUUCACUAUUUGUUUAAGCAUUGAAUAUCGAUUACAAAUAAUAAUGGUAUGUACAUAGUGUUGGUGAAAACAUUAAAACAGUAAAAGAUGGUAAAAGCAUAAUGCUUUUCAUGCAAAUCCCCUUCGUUUCACUUUGAAAGACAUCUGAAACAAAAGGAGGACUAUUAAUUACGUAACGCUAAAAUUUACAAACCUCCUUUCUCCUCAUACUUCGAAACUUUCAUUAUCACUUGUCAUUACGGUGGUCACACUGUCUCAGAUACCCCUUAUUUAUUGCUCUAUUAGAAGAAGCAAGCUUUACCAAUAUGGAACAUUAAAAAGAACUACAGUACUUUAAAAAAAUAAAGGUCAAAAAGGCAUGAUUUUAUCAAACGAUGAGUCUAAUGAGUUUGGACUCGCAUUUGUUCCCAACUACAUUAUCUUUUCGUCAAUCAUUUAUGUACUAUAAUUAAAUUGCACAAUUGAAGUUGUUCAUCAAUUGCAGCAUCUGAACGUGUUGCCCGUGAUCUUGAUUUGCGGUCUUCGACGCUGAUAAUUGUACAGGAAACAAUCUAUACAAACUUUUAAUCUUCGAUUCUCUGAAUCCGUGGAUUGACGAUGAUCGUGAUAUGACAAUUCAAAUCAGAUUUCUUUCAUGAUAUGCAGGAAAGCAAGAUGUAUUUAAGUGCACGUAAACUAUAACUACUGAACGGUGGGGUCAUUGUUCCCCUAAACAGCAUAUACUACAUGAAGGUACUAUUGCUAUGCUGAUAAUGAGAAAUGGAUAAUGUGAAUGGAUAACAAUACGAGUAUUAUAUUUAUAGGUAUUUUACAAAUUGCGUGAACAGAAACCUGUGUCGAGUGAAUGAUUAGGUUAGAUAUUGCAAAACGGACACAAACCAGUCUGCCAUAAUAUCGCUAAAUCCCGCAACCACAACCAUUAUUGUGUUAAAAUGGGAUUUAAGCUUGAGAUCUAAGUGUAAUGAAACUAAAAUUACAACGCGGCAUGUCUGAAAUCAUUUUAUCUAUUUAGUGUUUGGGACUUAGUUUCUUGUUUUAGAAAUAACUACUAAAAGUGGUAGAACCAUUCCAAUAUUUAUUCUCUUUUUGCGAUAGUUCUUCCCGAUUAGCUAAAUUAUUAGAGUCAACACACACAAAUAUAUUAUUAUUGUUUCGCUUCAGGUGUAAAAUAUAAGUUUUGGAAUGGAUAAACAUUUGUAAAAAUAUAA